AUGGGGAAGGAAGAGCUGCUGGAUGCGCUCGCGGGAUUGCAAGCUGCGGCGUCUGUGGAGGGUAUUUCCGCGCAAUUCGAAGUGAUCCAUGAAGCUCUGAGCGACAUCCAUCGCAAGCGCUGGAGGUUCCUGGAAGAUUCUUGCUCCGUCGUGCUGCGCCAAGUGUUCGGGUUGGUGUCAACAGUUGACGAUGAUGACAUGCAAGAUAUCGACGCUAGACAAGUGACGAUUUCGAUGCAAGAGGGGCUCAACCUGGGUCUCCAGUUCAUCGAACCGUUGAUACAGUCGACAUUGUCACUUGUUGACGCUCUGGAGGACGAGCAAGAGGCCACGAACCAACGAGCGGUGCUGGUUGCAGCUCUAUUGCAUCUAUUUUCAAAGGUUUCUGGGAUUUCUGGGCUCAGCGACUUGAGGGUGCGACUUGUGGCUGACAUUCAGAGGUGUGGGGUGGAGCUUCAUGUCAUCUUUGCAACCCUUCGCUUCCGAGAGGAGCUGGUGGAGUGCCGUCGAGCGUUGCUGCCUUCGUACGAGAGCGACUCAGAGACGGAGUCUGACCUGGACUCGGAGGAUGAUGAUGGCAUGGCGGGCGACGCGGAGGAGUUUACUGUGGAGGAUACGCAGUGGAUUACGGACCAGGUGGCAAAAGGGUGGGGCUUGACGCAGUACAAGUAUUUCCUGCAGACCUCGGGGCAGGAGUACGCGUUCACUGCGUGGUCAUACCGCGGAAUCGGAAAUUUCGUGCACGCCCUGCUUACAGAUGAGCAGCAUGGACCAAGUGCUCUGUCGGCCGUAGUGUCCCCGUUCUCGUGGUUGUUCCAUAUAGCUGCGUACUCUCACUACAUGAUUCACUCGGAAGACCACCAACUCCUGCAAGCUGCAGUGCGGCUUUGUCCUUUGAGAAAGCUGACCCUCCAUGUCAAUCACAAACGCAAUUCCGAGACGGAGAAGCCGCUGUCAUUUCGCGAACAAGCUGCGUCUUUUCGCAAUAGAGACUGGAUGUCUCCAUUGAUACAGGUCAUCACAAACGCGAUGGUUUCGUUUCUGGCGGCCAAGGAUCGAUCGGCAACGCUGACCGUCCUAAAAGAGUUGGUCUCCAAAGUCUCGCCCAUCGAUCUCUUUGAAUUGCUCCGGGGCCUAAUCACGCAGUGCCGAUACGGAAACGUUGCCGCCGUGCUUGUCGAUUUUGUUCGAGGCGACGCAGUUCAGGUGUGGUCUUCCCCCGACAAGAACGAGCAAUCACCUUUCAAGACAUCAGCGAUUCGCUUGCUGCUUCAAGAUGCGCUGACACAAGCAGCGGAACGCGACCUCGUUCUACAUGCUGAUCUAGUUGCGAGUUGUCUGAGUCUUCUCAGGUUCCUCUACAUCCGUGACAAGGAUAACGAGACUGGUGUUCGUACCAAGUCGGCUGAUUCCACGAUCUGGGAAGUGUUGAUGCGUACCAGCAAAAGACUCCAAGUAAAGAUCGAAGAAACGAUUUCUGGUCACAGUGGUGAAGGCGAGCAACAUUCGGUUGACAACGACUUCACGCAUUUAAUGAUCUUGGAGGCCUCUCUCGGGUCGACGUUGGAGCUUUGCAACUGAAGCCGGACAGCCCCUCAGCCUUGUCCAAAGAAUUGAUCACAGUUUUUCCGCGCUUGAUCAAAGGAGACAAACUGGCGUGUUUGGCUGAUUUGAUUAUACGACUCGGUACACUGGGAAGUUCCAGCUCCAGUGGCGUAUUCAAGUCAACUGCUGCGAACGGUUCUAAUAACUCGGUCACCUUUUGCUGGAGAGCUUGAUCUCGU